CAGCGCCAGGGCGGGGAUGUUUGCCCCGAGAAGAGCGGCGGCCGCUGCCCUGACCUUAGCCCCCGAAAGUUGGGGGUAGGGUAGGGUGGGGUGCUGGGACCUCGGGCCUGGGGCUCCUCGCCGGCUGCCCCCAGCUCGCGCCUCCCCCUGGCUCUGGACGGCUGGCCCCCCUCUGGCUCCACCUGGGUCCAUACGUUGGACCCGGAGCCGGCGGCCUCCCGAAUGCCCCCAGUCUGUGCUCUGGGUCCAGGGUCCCGACCCACUGGCGGGGGAGGCUGGUGGGCUCUGGCCCCGAGGCUUCGGGACCUCAGCUAAGAAGGGCGGGGUGGGGCAGACUUCGGGGGUCGCCCCGGGCUCGGCCUCAGAGAGCGUUCUCGGGCCCUCGCUGGUGCGAGGUGCCGGCCGAGACGCGCCCCCUCAUCAUUCCCAUCCCCCAAUCCCGGUGCUGCUGGGGGAGGGGCCUGGCGGGAGGAGGGGCCGAAGAGCUGCGGCUGCUGCGUGCUGGGGGCGGAGAGGCUCGGGGCGCCGCGCUACGGCCCCGCCCCCUCCAGGUCGCCGGCCCGCACCCACCGACCCACCCUCCGGGGGCUGCUACCCCUUUAGAGUCGAGCCAUCUACCCCCGUCGCGUCCUCCCUCCCCCAAGCAACCUAACUGAGCCCGGGUGGCGCCGGUGUCCCUGCGAGACUUGCAGAAUUCGAUCGCGGAACGUUCCCGGGAGCGGAGCAUUGUGACGUCAGCGCCCCCAGCCCUCGCCGGGUCCGGCCGGCCGACGGGGAGCCAUGGCGUCAGCGCGCCGGCCCCCGCUCUAGUUGGGCCCGGAGUCGGCGGCGGCGGCGGCGGAGGCCGAGCAGGAGGCGGCUCCGGGGCCGGCCCGAGAGACCCCAGGCGCCAGGGCAGCCCGGCCGGCCGGCAUGGAGCCGGGCGCCCCGGAGCUGCGGGUCGGCUGCCGGCUGCCGGUGCGGGUGGAGCAGAUCGUGAACGUGGACACGCUCGUGGUCACCCUGAGCUGCGGCGAGCGGAGCUUCACGGGCAUCCUGCUGGACUGCACCAAAAAGUCCGGGCUCCUGGGUCUCCCGCUGUCCUUGCCGAAGCGAGAUGCGCCCCCGUCGGAUAGCUGCUCCCGCCAGGAGCCCCCGGAAGAAAAAGGAGCGGCCCUCCCGCCCCCGCCUCCUCAGGAGAAGCCCCCCGCGGCGGCCGACGGCCCGGAACCCGCCCCGCCCCCGGCGCCCCCCCUGCCCGCCGGCAGUGCCCCGCCCUUCCCCCCCUAUUUCGAGGGCGCCCCCUUCCCCCACCCACUGUGGCUCCGGCAGACCUACAGCCAGUGGGUCCCCCAGCCCCCCCCACGGACGAUCAAGCGCACCAAGAGGCGGCUGUCCCGCAACCGCGACCCGGGCCGUCUGAUCAUGAGCACCAUCCGGCUGCGCCCGCGGCGCGUGCUCUGCGAGAAGUGCCAGAGCACGCUGAACCCCGAGGAGGGCCCGGCCGGCCGGCCCAGCGCCAAGCCGCGGCGGCGCCCGGGAGGGCCGGAGAAGGAGCCGCGCAAGCUGGAGGAGCUGGCGGGGGAGGCGCGGCGGGCCAAGCGGGAGCGGGGCACCGCGGCGCCGGUGCCGCGCAGCCCGGUGAUCAAGAUCUCCUACAGCACGCCGCAGGGCACGGGCGAGGUGGUGAAGAUCCCCUCGCGGGAGCACGGCUCGCUGCAGCCCUUCCGGCCCCAGCGGGCGCCCGAGGCCGGCCAGCCCGCCGCCAUCCCCAAGCUGAAGCUGACGCGGCCCGCGGGCGACGCCCCGCCGCCCAAGAUCCGCCUGAAGCCGCACCGGCUGCCGCGCGGCGGCCGCGGCUCCAUCUACAAGGCCGAGCUGGUGGAGCAGCUGGGGGGCCGCGAGCCCGAGGCCCCCGCCGCCUUCCUGGUGGGCCAGUCCCCGCGGCGGCGGCUGGCCGAGCUCUCCUCCGGAAGCUCGGGCGAGGACGAGGAGCCCUUCGGCGCGUUCGGCGAGGGCGGGCGCGACGGCCUGGCCUUCCUCAUGAACUACAAGAGGAAGGCCGACUCCUCCAGCCUCUCGGUGGGCAGCGACAGCCUGGACGAGUCCAGCUCGGACGCCGCCUCCCCCGGCGGCUGCGACUUCCUGCCCGGCGACGACGCCUCCGUCUCCUCCUCGUCCCGCGAGGAGCGCAAGACGGUGCCGCCGCUGACCGUGCGUCUGCACGCGCAGAGCGUGGCCCGCUGCGCCACCGAGGACGGCCGCACCGUGGCCGUGGGCGACAUCGUCUGGGGCAAGAUCCCCGGCUGCCCCUGGUGGCCGGCCCGCGUGCUGGACCUCAGCCUGGGCCAGAAGGAGGACGGGCAGCCCUCCUGGCGCGAGGCGCGCGUGGCCUGGUUCGGCUCCCCCACCACCUCCUGCCUCUCCCUCUCCAAACUCUCCCCGUUCUCCGAGUUCUUCAAACUGAGGUUUAACCGCAAGAAGAAGGGCGUGUACCGCAAAGCCAUUACCGAGGCCGCCAAGGCGGCCGAGCACCUGAGCCCCGAGGUCCGCGAGCUCCUAAGCCAGUUCGAGACGUAGCUGUGGCUCCGGGGUCAGAUGACGGAAGCUGAGCGCCUAGCUGUUGUCCCAGCAUCCUGCCACGCUCCCCACGACGGCCUGGAGGAUGCCCCUGUCCGGGGUGGGCAUCGGGUGGGCUUCUGACUGCAGGAAAGGGAAGUGAGUGAGCCCCGGCCCGGCGGAGGCGACACGCGAGACCGAGGCGCCCAGCGAGGAGGGCCGCACUCCCCCGCUCUGAAUGUAUUUAUUCUUCCCGACUCAAGAUACCAAGUUAGCUUAGAGCCGCGGCCGCCACGGUGCCCACCAUGGUGCCCGCCACGGCAAGCUGCUGCUGCUGCUUUGAAGAGGACGCCCUCCCCGGCCUGCGGGCCCCGGGCCCCCGCCCCUGCUGCUGCCCUGCCCCGCAUGAUCCGUCUUCCACUCCAGCCUCUGCCCGCCCGGUGGGGAGGGGGGCAGGCGGCGGGCGGGCUUGGGGGGGCUCCUCCUGUUGUCACUUUACAGACCAAAAAUGUGUGCUUGGAGCCAGGCGACUCUCACUGGUUUAAGUGUACAAAGAUCCCAAAUAAAUGUGUGUGUCAGUCGCA